AAAUUACAGAAAAUAAAAUAAUCAACCCGGAUAUGCAGCAAUUUAAGCGGUAUAAACAUAUUAAAUUACAGAAAUUAAUUAAAUCAACCUCUUGGGUUAUUCCUUUUGCCCUCAGGCACUCCCUUACUGCAGUAUGCAGGCUCUAUUCCGGUUUUGAUCCGGCUCACGUCCCUAACAGGUUUGAUUCUGGAUUUUUAAGCUCUGUCCCUACAAUCUAUUUGAUUUGUUGGUUAGAUAAUGGAAUCGUCAGCCUCAUUCGAUGGAUUUGUGUUCCUGUUUUGGUCACACUUGCCUUUAUGAAUGCGAUGGUAGUAUACAAGGCUUCCAUGGUUAGUUUGCCUUGGUUGUGGUUUGACAUUCUUUGUCAUGUUUACUCCUUUAUGGAGGUUUAUGUUCUCUCAAAUGCCCCUGUUGGUGGAAAGAGAUUUAUUGUAGGGAAGAAGAUCUUCUUCGGUGAAGCUAGGCUCACUUUCUCAUCUCUUUGUGAUAUGGGUCGGUGGUUCUAGAUCGUCAUUGAAGUUCCCAUUUUCGAUGGAUUUAUCCGUCGUAAUGUCACAUUCGCGUUGCUAGCGGAAGUUUGUGGCUUGAAGGCCUCCUUGGAAGCAAAGGAUGGUGCUGAAAUCGGUUGUCUUGGUUUGGUUGCUUCUUGUGUUGAGCUUGUUAGCUCCCCUCUAUCCUUAUGUCUCUCUUUGAGUUAUUGCUUUUGUUUAAGCUUUUUCAAUUGCUCGACUAACAUAUUAGUCGUUAGCUUGAUUUGUUUGGCACUUAGUAGUCUUUUGUAUCCUCUUCUCAUAGGCAAAACUCUUCUAAGUUUGAAUGAAAUCUCAGUUUGUCCAAAAAAAAAAAAAAAAAAAACAUAUUAAAUUACAGAAAUUAAUUAAAUCAACAAGUUAAAUGAA